AUGCAGCGCAUUGUCGGUGCAGCAUUUGAGAAGUCGAUAUCGUCAAAGACAAACACGAUGGCACGAGAUGUUUCCGAACCUGUAGUGCAUAAUCCCCUCAUAGCUCUUCUGAGAGACGAACGACCAUACAGCUAUUCUGAGCUUUCCCAACUGAAAAUUCCCGUGCUCCGAGACGACACCAAAUUGACACUGGACCAAGUCAAAUGCAUCUUGCUUGAUGUCCUCAUCGAAAAUAAUGCGGACGUCUUCAGAGCGGCCUCUGUGCUGACGGUGCCGUUGUUCGGCGAUGAGUUCAGCACAGUCGAGCCAUUUGAGUACGUUGUCACAGAACCACCAGAAAUGCAGAAGUCUGGAAGCAGACUCAUGGCAGGCCUGCAAUGCAAUGAGUGCAUUGAGUUGAAUGACUUGUACUCUGAGUGGGGAGAUGAACGAGUG